AUGGAUGUUGACGGAGAAGAUGAUAAUGAACCACCAUGCAUUCGGGAUGACUGUGAUGGGAAUUGGUUGAUGUACAAUGUUGACCCAAAGUGGAAGAAUGGUUGUUUGAAAUCAGCAAACAAUAAGUGGCGUCAAUACAAAAGUUAUCUCACUAAGACGUUCAUUUUAAGUAAGCUUGAUAAACCCGAGGAGUUGGAUGAGCCACCUAUUGGCUAUGGUAUUACAAGAGAUACUUGGAGGUCGUUUGUGAUUAGUCGCAUGUCUGAAGACUUCAUGGAUGGUUACAUUCAACAAAAGAGGGAGGGUAAGUUGAUAAUUGAAGGAACCAAAGAGGAUAUACUUACCAAAGCACUUGACACUGAAGAAUAUAAUGGUCGUGUGAGGGGUAUUGGAGGUCAUAUCACUCCAACAAUAUAUUUCAAUUCUGGUAGAAGAUGCAAGCAUGCUGAAGUAAUCACUGAGCAUAAAAGGGAGCUGAUGGAGGCGAGGAAGAAAAUUUUAGAGCAAGAUGCACGUAUACAAAACCUUGAAGUAAUGGUGUAUAAAAAGGGUACCAUGUGCGAUAUUUCGAUUGAUGACAAAGGCAGUUGCUCAAAGUUGCAACCCAUGAUUGAAGAUGGCAUGAAGAACGAUGAUGAUGACCUACAAAUUUUGUGUCAAGCUGAUGUUUUGCAGGGAAAACCAGAUGCAUUGACAUUGGAAUCUAGCACAAAUAUUGUUGCACAUGGUACAAUUGUUUGUGGCAAUGAAUCUAAUAAAAUGCUUCAUGGUGUUCCAUUUCCAAAUAAUUGCAUGCGAGUCUCCAUUGAUGAAGCAGUAGAAAAAUCAGCACCUUUGCCAUAUCCAAUUCCAAGUGAAUUUGAAGUAAUUGGUGAUGCUGUAGGAACCCAUGUGGCUUGGCCAAAACACUUGAUAGUGAACCAAGAUGAGAAGCCUCGAAGGAAGAAGCUUGAACAACCAAGAAAGAAACAUACUUUGUCAACAAGUGCCCCAAGAGCAUUACAUAUUUUAUAUUGUUAUAGUAAGCGUGCUUUAGAUGAUGGCAGAUAUAUAUCAGUGAGUUUUGAUUAUGACGUGUUUGAUGAUGAUUAUGAACUUGUUCUACACCUUGAGGACAUCAUUCCUUUGUAUCAUUUGGAGCCCCUUUUAGGCAAUUGUGUAAUUGCCUACAUAUGGUAUCUUUAUAAAAAACUGCUGAAAGAUAACAAGAAAGAAAAAUUCAGAUUUGUGAAUCCACAUAAAAUCCCAUAUAUGGCAACCAGUGCACAUGACAAAAAAGGUAAGUUUGAAAGGCUAAACCAAAGGGCAAGUCAUUUGGCAGGCAGGCUAAGUGGUGCAUCUGUAGAUCAACUUGUUUUGGUGCCAUGUAAUAUCGGUUUCCAUUGGAUUCUCACUGUUAUUGACCCUUACAAUGAAGUUAUUUAUUUGUUGGAUUCUCUAAGGCACCGCAUUCAUGAUGAGGAUUGGAAAUAUAUAGUGGAAAUGUGAGUUCAUAUUUCUUUU